AGACUAGACUAUACCCCUGUCUCUGUGCACUGUGCUUGCUCUCCUAUCACACCAUCUGUCCUCCUCCCUCCUCCUCUCUCUCUCUCUCUGCUAAGGAAGGAAGAAAGAAAGCAAGAAGCAAGCAAGCAGAGGAAGAAGAAGAAGGGAACCAUGUCUUCCCCAAGCAAGCGGAGGGAGAUGGAUCUCAUGAAGCUUAUGAUGAGUGAUUACAAGGUGGACAUGAUCAACGACGGGAUGCAGGAGUUCUUCGUCCACUUCCACGGACCAAACGACAGUAUUUACCAGGGUGGUGUGUGGAAGGUGAGGGUUGAGCUGACUGAAGCUUACCCUUACAAAUCCCCUUCCAUUGGCUUCACCAACAAGAUCUAUCACCCCAAUGUCGAUGAGAUGUCCGGAUCGGUCUGCUUGGACGUGAUCAACCAGACCUGGAGCCCAAUGUUUGACCUAGUGAAUAUCUUUGAGGUGUUCCUGCCCCAGCUUCUCCUCUACCCUAACCCAUCGGACCCAUUGAAUGGCGAGGCGGCAUCGCUGAUGAUGCGCGACAAGAAUGCCUAUGAACAAAAAGUCAAAGAAUAUUGUGAGAGAUAUGCCAAGGCUGAAGACAUAUCCCCAGAGGAGGAAGAGGAGGAGAGCGACGAGGAGCCGAGCGACGCCGAGGUCUGCGACUCCGGCGACGAGGCCAUCAUGGGCCACGCAGACCCUUGACUGGUGGUUGGAUGGUUAGCUCAGUCAGUAACUCAGUAAUGCAGGAUGAUCAUGAUGUAUCUCUGUCUGUACAUAGCUGCGGCGCUCACUCAUGCCGUCAUGGCAGAUGCUGAAGAAAGUCAUCAGCCAUCUCAAGUCAGUUUCAUCUCCACUAGUCCCCCCUGUCGUCGUCAUCGUCAUCGUCUGUGAAUAACUUGCCAUUUGUUGGUGUUGGUUCCAUUUGCACUGCAGUUCAUGUUUCCAUUGUA